UUGAUUCGACUCGUAGGUGUUCUCGACAAGAUAAAGACAGGCUUGGAAUAUGCGACCGAUUAUCUGGAGACUGCAAAGGACAUCGCUGAUCUGGUUGCAAAAAGUUUAGGCGGUAAGCAGAAGGAAAGACGAGGAGAGGAUAAUAGAACAAAGGAGAAAGGAAGUUUCGGUCCUUCUAACGUUAUGUCCGCGUUCUUCCGUCUUUUUGGACUGGAUUCGCAGAAAGUUACAGCCAUUGCUGUGAACAGCGUUAUAUUUCUUGCGCAAAUGAUAAGUUCGUUGUUUAACUUGAAACCUCCGAAAGAAAAUGCCGGCAGGAGUUUGGAAGACGAGACCGAUGCUUCAUCUUGGAAUCCAGCUAAACUUAUCACAGAGAGCAAGAGCGAGAGAAUACAAAACUUAAUCGAGCAGGCUCAUGAUGAGAAUCUACCGGUUCGACUGAUCGAGAAACUGGAUGGUGCUGAUUCCGCGUGUAUCAGAUUGCUGGUAUGCAAAAUUUCACCGGUGAUAAGGGCGACGCAGAAUUUCCUAAAAAACAAAGCCCAAUGUAAAUCACAUCGAAUGACUUCGUGGUUGCCCAAAAGAGACGAGUUCGAGGAAAACAGCGAUGAAUGCGAAAACACGCAUACCGAUUGCAAUUUAUUUUCCUAGCGGUAGUUAUUGAAUCGACCUGUAGUUUACUUAACUUUAUUUGCUGCGAA